AUGGAGUCUAAUAUCGGUAAAGAAGUUAUCGAACAAAUUAAAGAUUUUAACCGUUAUACGUUGACUACUGAACAACAAUCAUUAAUUGAUAAGUUGAUACCAAAUAAAGAAUUGAAAACCAGGUAUAGAUUUCAUGGGUUAUGUAAAGACUGUGGCCAAAUCUGUACCGCUCAUGAUUGGUGUCAACUUUGUAAUUCGAACCUUUUCCAAAAUUGGAUUAAUGAAGUUUUGAACAAAAAAGAUCCAGAGUUCGCUAUGCAAUAUAAUGAGGCAGUAGAACUCCAUGAAAAAUCAUUAUCCAUAGAAUCAAAUACUACUUCCGAUCCUCAAGCGGUUUACACAAGUAGACGCCUUGAUUUCGAGAACCUUCCCGAACCUCAGAAUUCUAAAUUAAUUAAUGAAGAAUUUUAUUUACUUAGUGACUCUUUAGAUUCUCUCAAACUUGAUCUUUGA